GUGUUGAACGUUCGGUGUUGUGGAUCCGGGGGAAGUGCUGGAGCAGAGUGCAGAGGAGAAUCUCCCCCACCCUGGCUGCACUGCACUGACACGGGUAACCCGAUGUGUGUGUGACUGCUCCUCUCAUCCUAUCUGGCAAUUUGUGAAAAUGAGCCCCACUCAGUGGGAUUUUCCCGUGGAAUUAUGCUGUCGACCCAUGGCCUUUGUGACCCUCACUGGAUUAGAUGUGACGUAUAACGCUGUACAUCGUGCCAUUUGGGAUGCGUUUUGUGCUAACAGAAGAGCAGACCGUGUACCUAUCUCAUUUAAGGUUCUUCCUGGUGACCAUGAAUAUCCUAAAUGUAGAACAAAGAGAACAUCAUAUGAAUGGUACAUCCCUAAGGGGAUCCUGAAGACUGGCUGGAUGAAUAAACAGCUCAAUCUGGUUCCUGCUCUGGUUGUGGUGUUUUAUGAACUUGACUGGGACGAGGCUCAGUGGAAGGAGAAGCAGUCAGAAUGUGCAACCAGGGUGGAGAUUGUGAGACAGAGCUUGCAGGGGAGAAACACCAAAGUUGCUGUGGUUUUAAUUCAGAAGAAAACACCAUUACCACCAGGUGAAGAUUUGAUUGCGUCAGAGAGGGCGGCUGCCCUGUGCAAUGCCUGCGACCUCUCAGGAAAGUCUUUGUUUGUGCUGCCACACACUGAUCACCUGGUCGGCUACAUAAUUAGGUUAGAAAAUGCUUUCUAUGAACACGCACAAACCUAUUACUACACUGAAAUAAGAAGGAUAAAGGCCCACAAGGAGUUCUUAAAUAAAACCACUCAUCAGCUUCUAUUUGUGAGGCAUCAAUUCAAGAUUGCAUUCUUCAGUGAGCUGAAGCAAGAUACACAGAAUGCCUUAAAAAAUUACAGGACUGCAUAUAACUUGGUGCAUGAACUGAGGGCUCACGAAACAAACAUGCUGGAGAUAAAGACUAUGGCUGGCUUUAUAAACUAUAAGAUCUGCCGCUUGUGUUUCCAGCACAACACUCCUCUAGAUGCAAUUGCACAGUUCAGAAAACACAUUGAUCUGUGCAAGAAGAAGAUAGGCAGCGCUGAGCUGUCUUUUGAACAUGCCGCCUGGAUGUCUAAACAGUUCCAAGCUUUUGGAGAUUUGUUUGACGAGGCUAUCAAGCUUGGACUGACCGCCAUCCAGACCCAGAAUCCUGGUUUCUACUACCAGCAGGCAGCAUAUUAUGCACAGGAGCGCAAGCAACUAGCAGCUCACCUGUGUAGCCAUGAUGCUUCUGCGGCUUAUCCUAGUCCAGACCCUCUGGAGACCCUGAAUGGAGUGUUGGACUUCUAUGGACAGAGAGCAUGGAGGCAAGGAAUACUAAGCUUUGACCUUACUGAUCCUGAGAAGGAGAAGGCAGGUAUUCUAGCUCUUCAGCAAAAAGAGAGAGAUGUCAUUCACUCGGAACUUAUCAUCAGUCUCCUCAGCAAUGCUGUAGCUCAGUUUAAGAAGUACAAGUGCCCACGAAUGAAAAGUCACUUGAUGGUACAGAUGGGAGAAGAAUAUUACUAUGGUAAAGACUAUACUAAAGCCCUGAAGUUGUUGGACUAUGUCAUGUGUGACUAUCGCAGUGAGAGGUGGUGGACACUACUUACAUCCAUAGUAACCACAGCCCUGAAAUGUGCCUACCUCAUGGCCCAAGUGAAAGAUUAUAUCACCUAUUCUCUGGAGCUGCUAGGAAGAGCAUCAACACUGAAAGAUGAUCAGAAGUCUAGGAUUCAGAAGAACCUGAUUAAUGUGUUAAUGAACGAGAGUCCCGAUCCAGAGCCAGAGUGUGAUGUCAUCAUGGUGAAAGCGGCACAGCGCUUGUGGGCAGAUCGAGUUUCCUUGGCGGGUAGUAACCUCUUCACAAUUGAAGUGCAGGACUUUGUUCCAUUUGUACAAUGCAAGGCCAAGUUCCUGGCUCCAAGUUUCCAUGUCGAUACUUCGGUUGAGCUGUAUGUUUAUUUGAAAACAGACUGCCCGCACCCAAUUCGCUUCUCUAAACUCUGUGUUGGCUUCAGCAACCAGGAAUAUAACCAGUUCUGUGUGGUGGAAGAACAGUACCAAGCCAGUGAUAUACUGGAGCAGUCCACACAGGGGACAAUGUGUCUGGUUUCUGGGAAGACACGAAAAUUUACAUUUAAAUUUGUUGCCAAAACGGAAGAUGUUGGGAAAAAAGUUGAGAUAACCUCAGUAGAUCUAGUACUGGGCAGUGAGGCAGGCCGCUGUGUGAUCCUGAACUGGCGAGGGGGCGGAGGAGACGCUGCUUCUGCUCAGGAAGCCAUACAGGCAGCACGCUCGUUUAAGCGCAGGCCUAAACUACCUGAAAGCGAAGUGCAUUGGGACAGUAUCACAAUCCAAGCCAGCACCAUGAUUAUUUCUAGAGUACCUAAGGUGUCUGUCCAACUGCGUCAUGAGCCGCCAGCCUUGAAUAAUGAAAUGUACUGCCUGAUGAUAACCAUUCAAUCCCAGGAGAACACGGUCAUGAAGGAUGUGAAACUUACUGCAGGACUUAAACCAGGGCAGGAUGCCAACCUCACACAGAAGACUCUGGUUACGCUUCAAGAAACAGAACUGUGUGAUGACUCAAGCCCGGCUCUGCUCACAGACGUCCCCAUAGGAAGCCUGCAACCUGGAGAAAAGCUAGACAUGCCCUUGUACAUCCGCUGCGGCACUGUCGGCACACGUGUAUUCCUGGUUUAUGUUUCAUACCUGAUAGACACGUCAGUUGAGGACAAAGAGAUUGUCUGCAGAUGCCACAGAGAUGAAACCGUCACCAUUGAGACAGUGUAUCCAUUUGAUGUCGCUGUAAAGUUUGUGUCUAUAAAGUUUGAACAUUUAGAUCGCGUCUACGCGGACAUCCCCUUCUUGUUAAUGACCGAUAUCCUGAGCGCUUCUCCAUGGGCGUUGACUAUUAUAUCUAGCCAGCUGCAACUCUCACCAUCCGUCACCCCUGUAGACCAGCUGGAAUCUCACGUAGAGAAAGUUGUGUUACAGACCGGAGAGAGUGCCAGCGAGUGCUUCUGUCUUCAGUGUCCACCCAUAGGAAACUCUCCGAGCGGAGUGGCCACCGGCAGCUAUGUCAUUUCUUGGAAGAGGAGCUCAGCUGGAGAAAGUGUACCUGCUGUGAGAACAGUGAUAACUUUGCCUCACGUAAUGGUAGAAAGUAUUCCGCUGCACAUCCGAGGAGAUCUUCCAUCUUUUGGACGAGUGAGGGAAUCUCUACCAGUCAAGUAUCACCUACAGAAUAAGACCAGUUUGGUUCAAGACAUAGAAAUUACGGUGGAGCCAAGUGAUGCAUUUAUGUUUUCUGGCCUCAAACAGAUUCGGUUACAAAUCCUCCCAGGCACUAAACAGGAAAUGCUGUACAACUUCUACCCUCUAAUGGCAGGAUACCAGCAGCUGCCAUCUCUAAACAUUAACGUAUUGAGGUUCCCAAAUUACACCAGUAACAUGCUGAAACGGUUUUUACCUACUUACAUAUUUGUAAAGCCACAAGGACGUCAUGUAGAUGAAGACUCUAUUGAAGCCGCAUAAGAAGAACACCGUGUCUUUGUCCAUAACUGCUCAUAUUACCUGAUAAGUUUGCCUAAAUAUCUCUUCAAUUAACUGAAAUAAAUGAACAUUUGAAAGUCCAGACAUGUGAGGAGCUUCUGUAGAACAUAUCUCAAGGCUUAGACAUGUUUGAUGCAUGAUAGUUGGUGCUGUAAUUCCAUUGUAGGCACGAACUAUUCUAUGUAAAGCAUUCCUCCCAGUACACACGUGUUAUACAAGGCAGCAAUGUUGUGUGAAGGUCUACUGAUAGCUCUUUGUAGGACUGACUGCGAAACCCUGGUCAUCUGGGCAAAUAAAUAUCUUACGUGGCUGGUUUCAGCUCACCCCAAACCAUCUGAUGGAGGACCGUAUGAAUAAUAGGCCUGUGAUGUACAUACUGGUCACUUAUUAUCUUUUCCUCUAGUAUCUAGUUUCCUUUAGUAUUUUCACAGUACGUGUCUGGCUGCUGCUGAGCUACCAGUCUGACUGGGCUUCAGCAUAGUAAGAGACAUCUCCACUCACAUCUUGCCAUGAGUGGUUGUUUCAGGCCUACCAUAGACAUCUCUAAAGAUCCCAAGCAAUACAUAUUGCAGUUGCUUCCAAUGAGUGCGUGUGAUCGCUCUAUGACCUGCAGUAUGUUCUUUUAAUUUAUUGUCUGCUGUAACAACUGUAUAUCUGUAUUAUAUGCCAUGUAUACUAUCUUACACAUUUCCAUUAGAGGCGCAGAGUGGUAGAUUGUGUUGUGGAGACAGCUGGGCAGCGGCUAUGGUGACUAGUAUGGGCCCUAGCUAUACACAAGUGCCAGGACCCUACUAGGUUCUGCUGAUGUGUUGGCGUUGUUUUGGACCCAGGAAUUGGCAUUACUGUUAUGGGAAUAGGAUCACAUUUAGUCCAAUCCAUAUUUACAAUUGAAAACCAUUUUAUUAUAACAGAUGUUUUACAAAUAACUUUAACAUUACACUUGUUUCCACCGGAAAGGCAGCAGAAAACAUAUUCUAGUCUACCCAUUACCUAAUCUCAUUAGAAGCAUUAAUGAUGUGGGCUUAACCAAUAUGCUCUAGGUUAAAGCCCUUCAAUUCCCCAGGAGAUAGUUGCCAGAAAGUUAGUAGAGCCCAACACAAAAUAUUUGUCUCCACUUCUAGUGACAUGUAGAUAUAAUAGUCAUCUUAUUAACAAAUGGGACAUAUGUAAUGUGAAAUGUGUACUUUAUUUAGUAAGGCAACUACAACUUGCAUGUUUCGGUUAGUUGGCCUUUAUUAUAGCAAUGUUCACUUUGUUUACGCUGGCAGGCUGCUACGGUGUACGAUAUUAUUAUGUUCAUAUAUUUUUACAUACAUUUUUCGCCUAGGUAAUGUAGGCAAUGUUGUGGCAAUGUUGUGCCUGUGAUAAGAUCUCAGUUGUACCUUUUUAACUAUAGCAUAGGUUCUAAAACUUUGUCCUCAGGACCCCAAACAGCUAGCAGGUGCACAGGUGUAUUCAUUACUCACUUACUUAAAAGAUCUGCAGGUGGAGAUAAUUAUUUCACUUGUGAUUCUGUGAAGAGACCUGGAAAACAUGAACUGCCUGGGCUCCUGGGGACCAAGUUUGAGAACCUAUGAACUAUAGGAAAACUCUGAUCUGUCUUGCUAUUUACUGUAAAGUAAAAAACAAACAAAAAAAAAACAUGUUUUUUUUUAUGUUUUCAAACCCAAAUUACAUAGGAAUAUAAGUGCUUAUUUUAAUAGAUUUGCCCAUAACAAAUUGCAGUGUCACAUAGUUAUGCAUCAUGUCAAGAUAAAUCAUUUAACACAUUACAUUGUCAAUCAUUGUAACACAUUAAAUUAAAAUACAUUUUUUCCA